AGUAACUUCUCCCGCUGCCAUCACCACGUCGUGCGUUUUUCGGAGUAAGGCAGUUUAAAUCCGCGCUUUAGCUUGCUUUUGAAGGCAGUCACGCCAAUUUGGUCGACAGAGGCCAUGACGCAGGCGGAAAAGGAGCAGGAUAACGGAAAAGAAAAAGAGCGAGACAAAGAGAAGGAGAAGGAGCAGCGAGGGGUGAAAAGACCCAUCGCGCCGCCGACUGUCCCGGAUCCUCUCCAGGAGCAAAUACAGAGCAACUUCAUCAUCGUCAUCCACCCCGGCUCAAGGACGCUGCGCAUCGGCCGAGCGACAGACAACCUCCCCGUGGCCGUCCCGCACGUGAUAGCACGCCGGCACAAGCAGAGCGGCCAGCCCAGAUACGAAGACGCCUGGCUGCUGCGGGAAGGUCUAAACAAAGCGGAGAGCAACGAGCAGAGGCAGAACGGGCUCAAAAUGGUGGAGCAGGCCAUUUGGUCCAGGAAGAUGUCCAACGGCGUGAGGAGGACGCCGGUGUCUGCGGAGCAGGCGAGAGCGUACAACUGUCAGAUCCGUCCUGCCGUGCUGGACAGCAGCUCCAGGGUCAAGUGGACCAACACGGCUCAGCAGCCGCCUCACCUGGUGGGAGAGGAGGCACUGUACGUAAAGCCCACAGACUGUUACGACGUCCACUGGCCUGUGGUGAGAGGUCAGCUCAACGUGCACGCCGGCCCCGGAGGGUCAUUGACGGCUGUCCUGGCCGACCUUGAGACCAUUUGGACUCACGUCAUUCAAAAGAACCUGGAGAUCCCCCUCAAAGACUUAAAGUAUUACAGAUGCAUUCUGCUGGUGCCUGACAUCUACAACAGGCAGUACGUCAAGGAGCUGGUCUCCAUGCUGCUCCUCAACCUGGGCUUCUCAGCGCUCAUCGUGCACCAAGAGUCCGUGUGCGCCACUUUCGGCAGCGGGCUGAGCAGCGCCUGCGUGGUGGACGUGGGAGACCAGAAGACCAGUCUGUGCUGUGUGGAGGACGGAGUCUCACAUAGGAACUCCAGGUUGUCUUUGGCGUACGGCGGCUCAGACGUUACUCGCAUCUUCUUCUGGCUCCUGCAGAGGGCAGGCUUUCCCUACAGAGACUGUCAGCUGUCCAACAGGCUGGACUGUCAGCUGCUGCAACACGUCAAAGAGACACUCUGCCACCUGGACCAGGACAUAUCUGGACUACAAGAUCAUGAAUUCCAAACACGUUUCCCAGAUGCGCCGGCUCUUCUCUACCAGGUCCGCCUAGGAGAUGAGAAACUCCAGGCUCCCAUGGGACUUUUCUACCCCAGCACCUUUGGCAUCGUGGGUCAGAAGAUGACAUCAUUGCAGUACCGUUCCCAAGGCCACCCCGAGGACCCUCAUGAUGAGCUCUACUUACUGGCCACGCACAGCAAACAAGACCAGUCUUCCAAGUCUGCCUCCGACCGGAAGGCGCCGUCAAGACCCGGCGGGGCUUUGGACGGCGACAUGAGCGGGCAGGGCGGGGCCGGCGAUCUCUCAGACGUGCCCAGGGGAGCUGGCGCGGCGGCGCAGGGGGAGAUGGAGACGGGGGCCGCCCAGGCGGAGUGCCUGAUGGUCGUAGAGGGGGAGGAGCCUCACCUCUCCAGGAAGAGCGCCAUGAUGAGCCAGUUUGAAGGCAAGGCCCUGGGCCUGGACAAAGCCAUCCUGCACAGCAUCGACUGCUGCGCGUCGGACGAGACCAAGCGGAAGAUGUACAGCUCCGUCCUGGUGGUGGGCGGCGGCCUCAUGUUUCCCGGGGCCCAGGAGUUCCUGCUGCACCGCAUCGUCAACAAGAUGCCGCCCUCCUUCAGGAGGCUGGUGGACAAUGUGGAGGUCAUCACCAGGCCCAAGGGAAAUGUCGCUCAUUGUCGUCCAUUCAGGACAUGGACCCCCGUCUGAUAGCGUGGAAGGGCGGCGCGGUGCUGGCGUGUCUGGACACCACGCAGGAAAUAUGGAUCCACCAACGCGAGUGGCAGCGCUUCGGCGUUAGAAUGCUCCGCGAGCGAGCGGCUUUUGUCUGGUGAACACACACACUUUUGUCCGGUGAACACACACACUUUUGUCCGGUGAACACACACUUUUGUCCGGUGAACACACACACUUUUGUGUGGUGAACACACACUUGUGUCUGGUGAACACACACACUUGUGUCUGGUGAACACACACACUUUUGUCUGGUGAACACACACACUUUUGUCUGGUGAACACACACUUUUGUCCGGUGAACACACACACUUUUGUGUGGUGAACACACACUUGUGUCUGGUGAACACACACACUUGUGUCUGGUGAACACACACACUUUUGUCUGCUGAACACACACACUUUUGUCUGGUGAACACACACACUUUUGUUCGAUGACACACACACUUUUGUCUGGUGAACACACACUCUUGUUUGAUGAACACACACACUUUUGUCUGAUGAACAGAUUCACUUUUGUCUGAUGACCACACACACUUUUGUCCGGUGAACACACACACUUUUGUCCGGUGAACACACACACUUUUGUCCGGUGAACACACACUUUUGUCUGGUGAACACACACUUUUGUCCGGUGAACACACACACUUUUGUUCGACGACACACACUUUUGUCUGAUGAACACACACACACUUGUCUGAUGAACACACACACUUUUGUUUGAUGAACACACACACUUUUGUCUGAUGAACAGAUUCACUUUUGUCUGAUGACCACACACACUUUUGUCUGAUGAACACACACACUUUUGUCUGAUGAACACACACACUUUUGUCUGAUGAACAGAUUCACUUUUGUCUGAUGACCACACACACUUUUGUCUGAUGAACACACACACACUUUUGUCUGGUGAACACACACACUUUUGUCUGGUGAACACACACUUUUGUCCGGUGAACACACACACUUUUGUUCGACGGCACACACUUUUGUCUGAUGAACACACACACACUUGUCUGAUGAACACACACACUUUUGUUCGACGACACACACUUUUGUCUGAUGAACACACACACACUUGUCUGAUGAACACACACACUUUUGUCUGGUGAACACACACACUUUUGUCUGGUGAACACACACUUUUGUCCGGUGAACACACACACUUUUGUUCGACGACACACACUUUUGUCUGAUGAACACACACACACUUGUCUGAUGAACACACACUUUUGUUUGAUGAACACACACACUUUUGUCUGAUGAACACACACACUUUUGUCCGAUGAACACACACACACACUUUUGUCUGAUGAACACACACUUUUGUCUGGUGAACACACACACUUUUGUCUGGUGAAAACACACACUUUUGUCCGGUGAACACACACACUUUUGUUCGAUGACACACACACACUUGUCUGAUGAACACACACACACUUGUUUGGACACUUUUGUCUGAUGAACACACACACUUGUGUCUGAUGAACACACACACUUGUGUCUGGUGAACACACUUUUGUCUGGUGAACACACAGACGACACACACAACAACAAUGUUGGGGGAAAUAAAUAAAAGCAUUGGAUAUAAAAA